AUGACAGAUAUCAAGACGAAAACCGCUGCGCAGCUCAAGGCUGUGAAGGAGAAGGAGCACCCUCCUCCUCCCCCGACAGAAGUCCCAGAACCACCAAGUGCUGAUCGACCUGAUGGCGCAACCUACCAGGUUGGCAAGAUACUCGGAAAGGGUGGGUUUGCUGUUUGCUACAGUGGCCAGCUGCUCCCCACAAAGCAGCGAUUUGCCCUCAAGAUUGUGAAAAGCCACAUGCCUCCCAAGAUGGAGCAGAAGUUCCAAACCGAGCUCCAGAUUCAUUCAAAGAUGAAGCACAAGAAUGUCGUCCAGUUCCUGCGGGCCUUUUCAUACGAAAAGUGUACCUACUUGAUUCUCGAAUUAUGCCCCAAUGGUUCCCUGAUGGAUAUGGUGAAGCGAAGAAAAGGACUCACUGAGCCUGAGGUCCGCUUCUACUCGGUCCAAAUCGCUGGCGCGAUCAAGUAUAUGCACAGCAAAGGCAUCAUUCAUCGUGAUCUCAAGAUGGGCAAUAUCUUUCUCGAUUCCCAGAUGAACGCAAAAAUUGGCGAUUUUGGACUUGCCGCUCUUCUGGUGACUGGCAGAGAUAUGCAUACCAUCCGUCGAACAACUCUAUGUGGAACACCAAACUACAUCGCUCCUGAAAUUCUUGAGAAGGGAAAGAAGGGCCAUGACCACAUGGUUGAUAUCUGGAGUUUGGGCAUCAUCAUGUUUGCCAUGUUCACAUCCAAACCUCCCUUUCAAUCUUCGACCACGGAUGAAAUUUACCGCAGAGCUCGAGAGAGGGAUUACGAUUGGCCAUCUGCAGAGACAUCUCGAAGAUACAUUAGCCAGGAAGCUAAGGAGCUAGUUGCCAAUAUGCUUCAGGACGCUGAAAGCCGACCGGAACCGGAAGACAUCAUCCAACACCCUUUCUUCACCUGUGGCUAUAUGCCCACCGAAGCAGAGAUGACUCCUCGGCUGAGGGAAGUUCCACCGGAGCGUGAAGAGUUCUACGCCUCGCGCAUGAGCAGCUCGCUUCAAGCACAGUCUUACAGAAAUUUCAAGGACAUGUGUCGGGACUGUGGCAUUGGUCCUUUCGCCCCUGUACAGGUUGUUCACACGCAGACCUGGAAAGAAAUGGCUGCCGAAGAGAAGGCUGGACUGACCCCUCUGAUUCCACUCGAGGAAGGCAUUGUGUACAGGCCCUUUGAAGAAUGGCUUAAGGAACAACAGCAGAUCAAGGCCAGAUAUACAGCAUCGGUAGCGGCCCAGGCAAGCAUCGCGACCGAGGAUCCUCUAUCUACCAGCCAAAGAGCGCCAGUAGGCCUGCUACGCCAACCCCCUCAGAGCUUCGCUGCACAACAAAGAAUGCAACACAGGCCAGCCGGGCCUGCGCCUCCUGCGAAGCCUCGCCCUGCUCCGGAACCUGCACUUUCGACAUCUCAGAGUGUACGGACAAGGACACGAAGAGAACUACCCCGGGAAGGUCCCCCGAGACCAACCGUCGAAUCUGUUGGCAAAAGUCUGCGAACUUCAACUCGAUCUGCACCCCCGGUCAGAGCAGCCUCUCAACAGCCCCCAGAACGACAACUAUCCGAGAGACCCACGCUUGACCGUCAGACAUCCGCUCCAGCUACUACCGCUCCCCCUGCGCCAGCUGCAGCACCCAAGAAAGAGACCAUCGGGAUGCGUCCAGCAACAUUAUUUGGCGCUUCUGAACGACAAUCUAGAAUUUCGGGCACUAAACCUGACAUGAUAUUGGAUCGUUUACGAGCCCUCGACAAGGAAUUGGAACGAGCUCUUAACUCGAGGUCGACUGCCAUUGUCAAGUCGACAUCUAUCACGCCACCUCAUCCUCAUGUUGUCGUUAAGUGGGUUGACUACACCAACAAGUUUGGUCUAGGAUACAUCUUGAACGACGGUAGCGUCGGAUGUAUUCUUCGAGAUAUUCCUACUACGGAAAAUGGCAAGGCAGCCCUGCUCCCACCCGCCGGAGUUUUCAUCCGUGGUGCAGAGAGGCACAUUAUUCGACGUGAGGAUGAGACGUACGACGACAGAAGUCAACCUCUACCCAUGACCGAGCCCAUCAAGUUCUUUGAGAACAAUGGCGAAACUGGACUCUCAGAAGUAGUUGUUUCUCCUGAGCAAUUCCGAGUGUCGGUGAACGAGGAUGGAACUGCUGGCAAAAUGCAGCCGGGUAAAGACAUCUUCCAACAUCGAAAGCGCGAGAGAAUUAUCCUUUGGAAGAAGUUUGCCAACUAUAUGAUUGCAUAUGGACGGGACGAUGUUGCGCCUGUUGAAGAGACAGACCCAGCUGGUGCCAUAUCUCCAGGACAAAAGGGCACAGUAGCUGAAUUGGUUACAUUCUACCAGCGCUUUGGAGAUGUUGGAUGCUGGGUCUUCUGUGAUGGACAUCUCCAAUUCAACUUCCCCGACCACACAAAGAUUGUUCUCGAUGCUCAAGGACAGUGGUGUCACUUCUGGCAUCUCCCUCAAGAUGCUGCGGAGAGACUUGCCGCAACCGGUACUAUUGGUGCCGCUGCUCUCGAUGACCGGGCAAUGUUGUCUUAUCCUUUGCAAACACUAUUGAAUUUCCAUAAGCCUGCCGCUGCUCGUACUGCUGCUUCUCGUUCGGCCAAGGCGCCAGCGCGCACGCGUCUUGAAAUUGCCCCUGAGUUACAGGGCAUUCCCGCUGCAAAUGACUUUCGCAGGAAGAUUUCAUUCAUAAGGGAUGUAGUAAGGGAAUGGGUUGCGAAUGGAGGCCUGGGCAACAGUCAGAUGAGUCGAGAGUCCCGUCUCCGCUGGGGUGGGCACAGAGAAACCAUCAGCAGUCACGCACCACAAAAGCAUGUUUGGGUAACUGUUGGAGCUCGAUGGGGUGAUCAGCGAAUUUCGACCUAUGUCGACUCUCGCAAGCCUUGGGAGCUUGGUGAGGACGUAGAUUCAUCCAAGAAGUGA